CAGCCUCGCAGUGAGCAGCACUCCCGCGUGACGGACGGAGCGUGCUUUUCUCGCCUGAACUAUAUAGCCAAAGUACAUUCAGAAAUUUUCAUUUUGGGGACGCCUGGAUACCUCACAAACGAGGAUGAUGCAGCAUAACCUUUGCAAGUGACAUUUAAAUCAUGAUACCACCGCCGCCGCCACCGCCACCACCACCACCUCCUAAUGCCCCACCUCCCCCUCCUCCUCCACCCCCUGCCCUCUUCUCUGGUGGAGGCCCAUUUGCCAGAGGCCCAAUGCGGGCCUCUAAAAUGCGUAAUUUCAAUUGGGAAGCCAUACCUAAGGACACAGUGCUUGGCAAGCAUAACAUAUGGACGGCUGAGAAGAACAGUGAGUUUGAGUUGGACACCAAACGCAUGGAGGAGUUAUUCAGCCGCAAUGAUCAGAAGCAGGUCCAGGCCACAAACCGCCGCAGUGUGCGCCAGUCCCCGAGCAAUGCUUCAGGUCCCGAAAUGGUAACCAUCCUCAACUCCAAGAAGAACAUGAAUAUCGGUAUCUUUCUCAAGCAGUUUAAAAGGUCAGUGAGUGGAAUGAUUGAGGACAUUAUCAACGGUAGAGGAGAACGAUUUGGUACAGGGAAACUGAAGGAGUUGUGCAAACUACUGCCAGAGGAUGGAGAGGUACGUCAGCUUCUUGAUUUUAAAGGGGACUGUUCGGCUCUCUCUGAGGCAGAUCGGUUCAUGGUACAACUUGUCAAAGUUCCUUGCUAUGAGGAACGGCUGAACAGUUUAGUACUCAAAGAGGAAUUCCCUCAUUUUAUGGAUGAAGUGAAUCACUCUAUUGCAGUUAUGACCUCUGCUGGACAAGAGCUGCUGGAAUGUGCCGAUCUACAUUCAGUCAUUCAUCUGGUCUUGAAGACAGGAAACUACAUGAACUCUGGAGGCUACGCUGGCAGCGCGGUGGGAUUCCGCAUAACGUCUCUUCUCAAACUAGCAGAUACCAAAGCCAACAAGCCUGGAAUGAACCUCAUGCACUAUGUUGCAAUGCAAGCCCAAAAGAUUGAUGCAUCGCUGUUGAAGUUCCCAGAAAAGCUACAGCACAUCGGAGAUGCAGCAAGGAUCCAUAAGCAGGAAAUUGAGUCUGAUUUCCAAAAGGAAAUGAAUAGAGUCCAGGUGGUGAAGCAGAAUGCUAGUAAACAACCAGAUCUGGAAGAACAGAUGAAUGAUUUUCUGCAGAACGCAGACACCAGGUUAAAGGACACCGAGACGGCUUUCAAAAACCUUUCUGCCGUGAGUGAUUCAGUAGCGGGGUAUUUCUGUGAGGAUCCAACUCAGUUCAAACUAGAAGAAUGUUGCUCCAUUUUCUACUCUUUCUGUGAGAAGUUCAAACGAGCCGUUCAGGAGAAUCUUGAACGAGAAAUGGUGGAGGUGAAACGCAGACAGCGAGACCGUAAUCAAAUAGCAGCCAAGCGCCGUUCCACCGCCACCUGCUCCUCACGGGACAAAGACAUUGAAGGGGCUGCUCUUGAGUCCAUCCUACAGAGAUUCAACAGUCGCCAAUCCCGCCGUAGAGCCGGGACCAAUUCCACCUCACGGGGGGAUCUUACUGAGACCACCACGCCAGAGAAACUCCCGGCCGACAACAGAGAGGUCAAGAGAGACAGCUGGAUCAAAAGUGCCAUUCAGUCCUCUUUGAUCAAGGAGAGCGUUGAUAAAGACGAGACACCCAUGUACCCAGAGAUUACAAUCUCAAGCCCAGCGCAGAACAAUAUGGAUUCCUCGAUCAAUCAACGUGUCUCUGUAUUCACGGUGCAGGAGGAGGAAGAUGUGCAGACAGAGAUAGAAGUGCAAAAUAUGAGAGAGGUGUCGCGGAAAGUUUUGCAAUACCAGUCCAGUAGGAGUAGCGUUUCAUCUGGCGAGGCCCUGUCACCCAUCCUGUCUCCCAGGCAGACGUUCUUCCAGGAAGACAGAAGACUGCUGAUCGUGACCAUAGAAGAAAACACCUCGAAAUCCAGCUCUCUGCUGCAGAACGGCCAGAUCAUCAAUCGCAGGCACACGAUCUCACUUCCCGAGAGCAGUUGUGGAAACGCCAGCCAAGAGGAUCUAUUUGUGCCCGGUGAUCUAAACGCGUCUCCGGCUCCCUCUAUAGGUGUUAUCGGAAAAGGGAAAUCGGUGGAUUGCGGUAUGAUUGCCACACUGCAAAACUCUACAGAGACUGCUAAAGACUCAGAAACCAAGCCGCUUGAUUCUGAAGAGGAAUCGCAAUCUGUUGACUCAUCGCGGUCACAAUCGGUCGAGCCGGAGACAAAGGCUGAAGAGACGAUGCCUAGCUUGCAGUUUAGUACCACGAAGAGAAAUAGCCAAACUAUAUCGUUCAAAAGCACAAAAGAGGGCUUCAGCCUCAUGUCUUUAUUUAAGCGUUGGCGUGAAAAAGACAAAUCAAAAGAGCUUGAUUCUGACAGCGUAGACCCCUGAUCUUAAUGAAACCUUUUCUAUUUAUUCAGGCAUUUAUGCUAGUUGUCGCGCGGCGUUUACUGAAAACGAGCUUGGUGCUUUGUCACUGUUACUUGCUGAAACGUGUCUAAUAUAAAAGGAGAAAAAACAAUGCACAUGCAAUUACACAGCAUCUGAUAAACAGUGUUGAGUUCAGUAGAAAACGAGACAUUUUUUACCUGCAGUGUGCUUUCUUCAACACAAGGGAGCAGUAUAUUACUUUUUUUAUGAUGAUACUGUAUCUGUAUCUGCAAAAAAAUGAACCAUUCAUGCCAAGAAUAAGAGUAAUUAUCCUUGUUUCAUAUUAUAUAAAAAGCAAUCAAAAUAGCUGGUAAACCUAGUUGUUAUUCGCUGAAUAAAUCCACAAAUUGUAACAAAAUAUUUUUUCCUUGGAUGUUCUUAUUGAGUAAACAGUUAGAUGAAGAAUUUAAUUUUU